AUGUUGCUCCAUGGACUCUCGAGGCAAUUGCCGCAGAGUGAUGAGUUACUAAAUGGCAGUCCAAGAAGUGUUGAUGCGACCAUCAACGACGCUGACGAAGAUGCAGCAGUAUUCUCAGUCACUUCUUCCAUCUCGUUACAUGAUCUUUUCGAUUUCGCACACACAGAUUGGGCUAUUCGAAUUGAGUGGGAAGCAGAGACAGGCUUCUUGAACGAGCUUGAGGUAUACGAAAUGUUGAAUUUUGAUGCGGAAGGCAAGGUUGACUUGGAUCCAACAGCACCAGCUAUUAAGUUAUGCUACACAUAUGCAAGCACUGGCCUUGUACUGCCUGUUAACCAUCUUGCCCCGCCAGCCGUGCACAGUGUCAGCUACCCUCUGGCUGACGGUCGCCUCGUGGGAACGGUUAUGGUCAGUUCUGGUUGA